GUUGUUGACGUGUUCUCGUUGUUUUCGUCAUAUUUGGACUUCCGUAUAUUUUGUUACAGCUGUCGGCUCCACUGUCACUAUGAUGGUAUGGUGGCUGGUAUCCAACUCACCGUUAUAGUUAGUUGGUAGGCCUGGUCACCACAUUUCACUUAUUUUUACUCCCGGCAGCGUGCUAUGUGGAUUUAUUAUUCAUUCAGACAAUUUACCGGUCACUACUGUGAACGUAACUAAAAAUUAACAAUACACUAAAAUAGAUUAAAAAAAAAUAUCUAUCAUACUUUAUUGCAUUCUUAUAUCCUUACCGUCUCUUCUACAACUGGAAUCAUAAAAAUUAUUUAUGCUCACAUGUAUAUGGUUUGUGCCAUACUGGAACAUAAUUAUUAGCAACAUGGUAGUGACUAAGAGAGGAAGGAGUCAGCCUACUUGAUAUUGAUUCUACUCCUUUUUUUUUUUUUGCUUUUGUUAUUACUAUCCCCUACAAACGUCUUCAAGAUUGCUUCCUGUAAGAAUUCCUCCUAAAAGUAAUAGCUAUAGUGCCAUAAACUGACAUAAUUCCAAUGUAGUUUACACACGGACACAUACACUAUAUAUUGUAUAAAUAUUUACACAUCUACAUAUUUACACACAUACAUAACACACACAAAUUGUACAUGCCUAUAUCUGUCUAGAAGUAAGUAGAUAAACAUAUAGACUAGCGGAUGUGUUUAAGGAUUUCAUAAAUGAUUUGAAGUAUUUCACUUAGACAAACAGAAAUCUAUUUUACUGGCAUAUUAUAAUCUAUUCUUUGUUUUUCUUUUUGGUAAUAAAUGUGUAGACAACAAAUAAUAUAUAUAAAUAUUCACGCACUGUAUUCAAUAUCUUGUGUGGAUGAGGUGCGUUGAUAUGCUACAUAUCAGCGACAAUUAAAAAAGCACCGACAUUUGAAUAUAAAUAUUUAAAUUUAAAUCCAACAUAUAUAUGUGUAUAUGCUUUUGAUAUUUGAAUAUAUAAAACACAGAUACAUACGUAUAUACACGUAUAUACACAAGCGAUAUUUGAUGUUGGGAAUGAAAUACACGUAUCUGCACUGACUUUUGUAUCUAUGAUAGAAACACAUUUUCAUGGAUAUUUUUAUAAAUAACCUCUGCUAUUUGUCCGUUGGGUAUUUCCACCUCAUGGGGUAAUUCUCACAUAAGCGGUAGCUGUAGAAAUAACAAUAUAAUUAUAAUACCACUAACCAGCAACGUCAGUGUGUAAAUAUAAAGAACUGAAAAAAUACAAAUAAUGGUAUUUACUUGUUGACUUAUUUGUCAUUACUCACACGACUUUUCCCAUUGUUGAAUUAUUGGGAAAAGAAUUUAUUCAACAUUUUUAAAUAGAAUCGGUUCACAGGGGUGGUUUAGGUAGUGUGUAAAGGAAAGUAAACUAAUAAUUUUUGUUUUUCUUAGAAUCGUUCAGCAUUGAGAAAUUAUCACACACCCUUUCUUAUGAAACAGUAAACAAUAAAAUAUACUUACAUUAACCAGAAAAUACUAUAAAUUAUUAACAGUUGAAAAAAUGAAAGGAAAGGAGGAAUAAAAAAAGAAUAGCAAUUUAAUUUGAAAUAUACUGAAAAAACGUUGCCUAUUAGGCACCUGUUAAGCCCUUCCUUAAGAGUUUGGUCCUUGUUUCAGUCCCGACCAUAGUCUGGACUAUCUUUUGACAUGGGCUUUCUCUUUUCAAAACUGUGGAGUUUAUUCACCAAUGAAGAGCACAAGGUGAUAAUUGUUGGAUUAGACAAUGCUGGUAAAACAACUAUUUUGUACCAAUUUCUGAUGAAUGAAGUGGUUCACACAUCUCCAACAAUUGGGAGCAAUGUAGAAGAAGUGAUAUGGAAAAAUAUCCGUUUUCUAAUGUGGGAUAUUGGUGGUCAAGAAUCUUUACGUUCUGCUUGGAACACUUAUUACACAAAUGCUGAGUUUGUGAUUCUUGUUGUGGACAGCUGUGAUCGAGAACGGUUAUCAAUUACCAAACAAGAACUUUAUACAAUGCUAGCUCAUGAGGAUUUGCGUAAAUCUGCCAUGUUGAUUCUGGCUAACAAACAAGACAUCAAGGGCUCCAUGUCUGCUGCUGAGAUCUCCCAACAACUCAAUUUGACCUCAAUAAAGGACCACGUAUGGCAUAUUCAGGCCUGCUGUGCCCUUACAGGUGAAGGGUUGUAUCAAGCUCUUGACUGGCUCGGAAACCAACUUUGGCGGAGAUGAUAGUUAUGUGUGUAGGAUGUCAUUUCCCAUUGUUCUCAUUAUAAUAAACAUCAUCAUUAUCAUCAUUGCCAUCACAACAACUACCGCCAUCACCACUACUACUAUCAUCAAUAUCAUUGUCAUCAUCAUCUCCAUCAGUAUAGGCAUCACAGUCACUGCAGCACUGUUAGCUGCCGUUUAUGGCUGCUAUCUGUCGCAGCCUGCUGAACAAGAAGAACUUGCUAAUUGUGUAUAAACUAAAUCCAUCAUGGAAUCCAUUCGUCGUCGUCCUAUUUUAUGGCUAUCGAUUCCAGGGGCAAACAACAACAACAACAACAACAACUGGAGGAAAAAGAAGAAACUGGCGUUUGGGGAAGCAGUCAACUGUUUUCACCCCCUCUUGUAAUACCUAUUGUAAAUUUGCUUUUCUACUUGUAGAAUAUUUUUUCCUAUUUUUUGUUGCAAAAAAAGUAACAAACCGAAACAUUGUUCUCUCUCUCUGUUUCUGUUAGUCUGUUUAUCAAUUUAAAUGUCUAAGACCUAUGAUGAUAAAAUAUAGAAAUAAGAAAUAAAAGAAAAAAUUUUUUUUUAAUCAACAAGUACAACAAACUCACUUGUAUGUGGAAACAGACCCACUUGUAUACACGCUCAAUCAAGAGUGUCAGUAGGUGCUACAUAAGACUGAGAAGAAAGUGUUUACUUCUGUGCUUCUUAUAUUCUUACAUGUAUUUCAGUCAGUCAAACUCAUUAUGUAUAUAUACAGGAAUUGUACCAUAGCAUCAGGUCAAAUGAAUAAGUGAAAACGGGUGGGUGUAAACUAUGUAGGAAGCUUGUCAAAUGGAACCAACUUUGUCAAACAUACUGUCACACUGAUUCUGCCUGAGAGUUAUGCUAAUGCUACAAGCACUUGUGGAAUACUCAGCCACUGGUAUUAGGCUUCAAUGAAUAGGCAGUUCAGUUCAUUGAGCAACUUCAGUACUCACUGGCGAAAACUGAUAGAUUCUCUUUUUAACCCUAGAUGAAAUGACUGAAGAUAAGAAAAAAAAGAAAAAGAAAACUAUGAAAGCUUUAUUUUGGGUUUACUUUAGUGAGAUUAAUGUAUCAGAAUAUCAAAAUUUUGGCCUUUGGGGAAGCAAAAGGAAUUUUAUAUUUUGAAACUGAUGAUUCACAAGGAUUUUUUUCCCCUUCUGCUUUUUGUUCAGGUAGCAAAUAGAAGGAUGAAUCAACUGUAAAUAUUGAACACUUAUUCUCCCUUUUAUGCUCCUGAACUCCUGUGUAUGUAUGUGUGUUUGUUUGUAUAUAUAUAUAUAUAUAUAUAUAUAUAUAUAUAGAAUGAAUGCAUGCAUGCAUGUCAAGUGCUGAAUUUUAUGCUAUAAGCUUUCAGUGAUCUGCGUCUGUGAUGUGACCCAGAUUUGGUUCUAGUAACUAUUUCAUGGAGAAGAGAUGAAAGCCACAAAUCUUAUGCUCCUACCUAAUGAAGUUAAUAGGGCAGAUAAAUUACUUGGUAACACAAGAAUAAUUGCACUAAUAAAGAAUAUAACACACACACACACACACACACACACACAAAUUGAUAUUUUUUCUUCAAAUUUCUUAUGGUCAAAAUAUUUAAUCUUUCUCCUUCUUAAACAUCAAACACAUUUUAGUAACUCUUUUUAGAUUGAAAGAAAGAUGAUAGAAAAAGAAGAAAAAAAGGAAACAAUGAUAGGAGUUUAUAAUGAUGCCUGCCAAAUAUAUGGAGGAGGGGUGAAUGGGGUUAGAUGUUGUAGUAGUGGGAUGAGGAAAGAGUAACUGUUAUACUCCACUGGCAUGUUGGUGCAUGCUUCUGUUUAAAAUGGUUGAUGGUUUGAUCAGGUGUUUCUUGUGCCACCUGACAUAUUUGUAGAUGAACAUAUGUGUAAAUACAAACACACAUUUAUGUGCACACAUACAGACUAAACUGUCAAUGAUUCACCGAGGAAUAGAUAGUAUCUUAUCAAUGAAUGUCAGCUUGCUAUCAUCACUCUAGUUCUCAUGUGUGCAUAUAUAUAUAUAUAUAUAUAUAUAUAUAUAUAUAAAUAAAUACACAUACACCACUACAGUUUUCACACAACUUGUAUAUGUGUGUGUAUGUAUUUAUAUGUAUAUUGCUAUGCUAUCGUCAUUAUACUUACCUGAGAUAUUUCUAUAAUCACUGCUGAGUGCUGUUAUGCCCCUGGUGAGGGUAAGUUGGAGGCAUGAGUGAACUGUUAAAGACCAGCCCAUGCCAGCAUGGAAAAAAAAAGCCAAAAAAAAAAAACGAAUUUACCUCUUUCUACUUGUAAUUUCCAGGUGUAGCUUGGAGAGAGAACUGAAAUUUCACAAGGCUGACUUGUGACCUGUUAAGUGUUAAAGAGGCAUUUUCAUGUCAUAGUUCCUUCUCUGUUCAGCUGUAUAAGGAAGGUACAUGUAAAUAUAUUACUGUUUGUGAUGGUCUUGUUUUACUCCAGAUUAGCCCUGAUCAAAGGCAGUCCAGCCUUGGCCGUCCAGUCUUUUGUAUGUCCAAUGUGUUUUUGUUUGUGUGUGUGUUUUUUUGUCAAGACGGUAGGGUGUGAUCUGAGGGAAAUUUGACUGCUAUUUCUAAGCAGGCUGAGCAACUGCAUAAAGACUUCCCUCAUUGGCUGGUGUGUGUUAAUAUAAAGCAGUUUGAUACAUUGCUUUUACAAUGAUGGUAAAUCUGACAAGAAAAGACGAAAAAAGAAAUCAGUCAAUAAAUCAAAAAUUAAAAAAUA